AUUAAUACGAUCUUUAAUUGGAAAAGACCCAAAAGCAAAUUUUUAAAUGAUUUAUUAAUUAGACUAUCUGCACGUUUAAGGUUCGCAGAAACAGUAGAAAAUUGUUUCAACGUAAUGCUUCUGGUUCAAAUGCUCAGUUUUAUCGUUCAAUUAUGCUUCCAGUGUUUUCAAGCGAUCAUGAGACAAAGCAGAGCGAUUUAUGAUGUUCCAUAUCAUACUUAUCAUUAUCUACGUAGCUUGUGUGAUGGUGCAAUUAUACCUGUAUUGUUACGUAGGCGAAAGACUUACGCUGGAGAGUACGGAUGUAGCCAACGCAGCGUACAAUUGCGAAUGGUACAGUUUACCUCCAAAAGACGCAAGACUACUUGUAAUUAUUAUGUGUCGAGCCACAGCAUCGCCGCUAAAAAUUACAGCGGGAAAAUUUUGCUGGUUUACUGUGCUAUUAUAUUCUCAGAACUGAACUACCAGUUCGGUUGGAACCGUUACAUAAUGAAGUACGUGGAUAUCUGGCCGGAAGAGAGGAAAUGGAACAAACCUUCGAGCUACAUUGUUCUGUUACCGAUUUUGUUGAUGAUGCGUUUCGUGUGUGGUCUACAAUUCCUAACCUGCCGACUUGGAUCUGCAUUGAUGUAUCUGCUGAAGUACAUAGCCAAGGACUGUGUUACAAUGGAGACGAAAACUGGACGAGAAACAAUGUUGAACAUUGCGAGGAUCACAAGAUGGAUCUCAAUAAUAUCUUCAAUUAUGUGUCAACUAGUAGUCGCUUCAUACGUGAUUCUACGAUUAUAUUUUAUCAAGUACGAUGAUAACAAAUUGUACGUGGCUAUUACCCCUACGAUA